CCAACACAAAUCAAGCGCCAGUUUAUACAUGUGGGACCAGAGGUAGCAAAGCAGGCUAAAACCUAAUGCUCUUCGCUCUCCUCCUCUACUCUCUAAUCUCAGUUCUCUCUCUCUCUCUCUGCUUACCUCCGCCGCCGCUUGCCGUCACCACUGACGUGACCGUGAAGCUAUUAUAAUUUAAGCGCUAAAAUCUGAAUCGUUACAAGAAAGGUUUUCGGAACCGAUCCAGAGUUUUGGACCGCUUUGCUUGAAGAUUCGGGAUAAUCUAGAAACAAUAUUCAGGGAAAGCUUUUGUGAAAAUGGGUAAGAAGAUGCGUGAAAAGGAUGGGCAUAAGAGUGAGAACAAACAGACUGAAGAGGUUAACUCCAUUGAAAAGGAAAUUGAUGUUUUGAAUGGUGUUCCCAAAUCAAGUAACAGAGACGAUGACAACAAUAAGAUAAAGGAUAGAACAAAAAAGAGGAAAACAGAGUUUGAUACAGAUAAAAAGGAAUCUCAGAACACUCAUAAAAAGCAUAAGACAAGUAAAGAUGCAGUUGAAGAGAUUCCAAUGGAAACUUGUUUGGGUGGAAAAGAGAACGCAGAACAAGAAAGUAGCAAGGCGAUGAACUUGGAGAACAAUGGGGAAGCAAAAAGGGUUAAGAAAGACAAACAUAAGAAGAACAGGGAUGAGAUCAAUGCAGUUGCUACUGUGACUGAAACCCUCAAACAUAGUAAAAAGGAAUCUAAGAAGGCUCAUAAAAAGCAUAAGAAAAGUAAAGAUGAGGUUAAAGAGAUUUCAAUGGAAAGUUGUAAAGGUGGAAAAAAGAACACAGAACAAGAAAGUAGCAAGGUGAUGAACUUGGAGAACAACGGGGAAGCAAAAAGGGUCGGGAAAGAUAAACACAAGGACAAGGAUGGGACUAAUGCAGUUGGUACUGUGACCGGAACCCUUGAACAUAGUAAAAAGGAAUCUCCAAAGGCGCAUAAGAAAAGUAAAGAUGUAGUUGAAGAGAUUUCAAUGGAAACUUGUUUAGGUGGAAAAGAGAAUGCAGAAAAAGAAAGUAGUAAGGUGGUGAAUUUGGGGAACAAUGGGGAAGCAGAAAAGGUUAGGGAAGAUAAACACAAGAGGAAGAAUAAGGACGGAAUUGAUGCAGUUGCUACUGUGACUGAAACCUUUGUACAUAGUAAAAUGCAAGAGCCUGUUGAAACUGAGGUGUGCGAGAAGCAGAAGAAGAAAAAAAAGCUGGAGAAAGUGAAUGGUAAUGUUGCUGAUGAUAUUGCGGCAAUGAGCAGUACAACUGAUAAAAAGGGUACUGGUAAAAAGAAUUCUGCUGGCAAUGAGCUAGAACGCAAAAAGUUGCGAGAUAUUGGUGGUGAUGACGAAGCUGGAAAUAAACGCAAGAAGAAGAAAUCAAAAUCAGUGGAAAAUGAUACCGAUCAGGUCGAAAAUGCUACACUCAAAGAAAAAUCUAAGAAAGUGAGUUUCAGUGAUCAGGUUGAGGUUUUUCCUUCUAUGGAUGAUGCAAAGAAGGACAAAGAAGGCUUCGUGAAAGGUAAGCGUUUUUCAAAAGAAGAAGAUGAGAUUGUUAUGAACGCUGUUGCUGACUACAUCGAGUCUCAUAAUCUAGGCGAUGAAGGUUUAAACAUGGUUCUAAACUGUGGAUCUCACAAAGAAGUGAGAAGGUGUUGGAACGAAAUUCAAGCAGCCAUUCCUUGGAGGCCAGUUGAGAGCGUGUACAAUCGAGCUCAUGUUCUUUUCGAAAGGGACGAGAAGCGUCCAUGGACUCCUGAAGAGUACGAGAUGGUCAAGAAGUUUGUUGAACAACAUGGACGCAAUUGGAGAUUGUUGGGUGAUACACUUGGCAAGCAUAGGCAUCACGUAAAAGAUACGUGGCGUAGAAUAAGUGCCAAUGCUAAGAAAGGUCAAUGGUCUCAAGAUGAGUACCAGAAAUUGUUCGACUUAGUGAACUUGGAUUUAUGUAUGAAAGCUACCCAAGAAAGAAAAUCAAAGUAUGGAAUGUUGCGAGACAAUAUCUGUUGGACUGCAAUUGGCAACAAGAUGGAAACCAGGGCCUUUGUCUCGUGUUGCAGCAAAUGGUAUCGAAACUUAACGUCUCCUAUGGUAGCAGAAGGCUUAUGGGCAGAUGUUGAUGAUUAUCGCAUGUUGGAUGCUCUUUCUAGCUUGGAUGCUUGUUGCAUGGAAGAUGUCAACUGGGACAAUAUUCUCGAGCACAGGUCUGGAGAUUUAUGUCGAAAACGGUGGAGCCAGAUGGUUCAACGUUUAGGUUCAAACAAAAACUUGUCUUUUGCUGAACAAGUUGAUAUUCUUGCCGAACGGUAUCGUCCAGACAUGAUUGAGGCAAGAGAGACCUUCGAUAGCAAACAACCGGUUGAUCUGCCGUAGCUGUGCUGCUAUCGGUAUCUUUUAAGGUAUUGUUUGUGAGUCACAAUACACAAAACAACAUUUAUUUAAAAGUUAAGUUUGAAGUGUGGUUAAUGUGGGCUUGAUUUAAAGCUUUUCUCGUCAUAAUUUUAGCUAAUUCACUCCCUUGAUAUGCUUCUGAUCCGAGCUUUGUAUCUGUUGAAAUUGGGUCUUCAUGGCCUUUAUAUCAUGCAUUAUAGACUUAAGCUUCGAAUGGAUUAUAUAGCUUCGUCAUUUGUCAAUAA